AUUUAACUCAGUACAGUCAUACUGUUGAAUGCGUUAUAAAGUGAUAUUUUUCGGUUACCAUAAAUAAUGAAUUCUAAAAAGCGUAAAAAUCGUGCCAAAGUGAUAUCAAAAACAAAACCUCGUACAGAAGUUGAAACCAAAAUUGAUGAUGUUACCGUAGAUAAAUUGUCAGAAAGUUCAUUGAACCUUACAGAUAUUACGCAAGACAAAAUUGACGUGACUGAAGCUAUUGUUGAAGAAACUAAAGUUGAAAAUGAUGAAAUUAAUGAUGAAACGACAGAGCCUACAAAAGAGAUUACAUCCACCACAGACACGCCGGUAAAACCAAAACGGAAUAAAGGUAAAAAGAAGAAACCAACUAUUAUCGAAAAUCAACAACAAUACACAAAGAAUGAGGAAAUUGAAAAAAAUUUAACUAAUGAAGAAAAUUGUAAUUUACCCAAUGUUUCUGAUGCUACAAUCAUAGAUGGCGUUGCUGUUAAACCGAGUGCUCGUAAAAAGAAAAACAAAGAAACGAAACAUACAGAGAAAUCGCAUGAUAUUGAAAUAGAUAACAAAUCUGAUAUAAUCCCAACAAUUCCGGCAAAUGAAAUACCAAGUCAAAAAAAUCCAGAUGAAGAGCCAGAAGUUGAAACUAAGCGAAGUAAAAAGAAUAAAAAGAAAAAACGUAGACAUGAUUCUGAAAAAUCUGAUAAACCCGAUGAAGUGGUAUCUUGUACAGCCGCUUUUGAAGAUUUAAUCGAGAAAAAAACCGAAACUGAAAAUAUAGAAAAUGUAGAAAAAAAAGAUCAAGAAACUUACAAAGAAGAACCCAUUGAAUGUGUUGUAGAUCCAGAUGUAAUGUUGUCAAUAGAAAAUCAAAACACAAACAAUACUGAGACGCUACAAAUAGAUGGUAAGGUGACACACAAAAAGAAGAAGAAAGGAAAAAAGCAGCCUCCUGAGCUGAAAGAUGAUAAUAAAAAAGAAAGCAAUCAGCAAAGUUCUAUUCAAAUUUAUAAACAUAUUCAAACCGAUGUUUUAAAUGUCGCUGAUUCUCAACAGAUUUCUGAAGACACACGAACUGAUAAUAAAGAUGAUAGUGUUGCAACUUCUAUUCUUAAAAGUGAUACUGAAGAAAUAAAACCUAAGGCAAGAAUCGCGAAACCUGUUCAGAAAAAAACAGUUCAUAGUUCGGAUUUGAAAAACGUUAUAGAAACAAAAACUGCUGAAAUGUUGGAACCUUCAAUAACUGAGAGCAAUUUAUCGCAUACAGAUAAAGAAAUAAAUGAUAGUUUAACACCAACUAAUGAAUCGAAUAUUUUGACACCAAUCGAAUCUGACAUUGUCGGCCAAUGUGAAAAUGUUACAAAUUUAGAAGAAAACACUUCAAAUAUUGAACUUCUUGAUUGCGCAAUAGAACAAUCAGUGACAGAAAAGAAAUUAAAUGACAAAUGUCAGAAAUGUACAAUAGAAAGUGACAAACUUGAAAUAAAAUUAGAAUCUAAUGUCGGGUUUAACAUCAAAAUACAAGAUACUAAUGAGAAUAAUAAACAGGACGAGGAACCAAAACUCGAAGAAAUGCCUAGAAAAGGCAAAUCAAAAGCAAAGCGUCAAGUCAAAUGUUCGGAAACCGACGACUACGAUACAGCUACGUCGGAUGAAUCUCAUUACAAUAUUUCCAAUAAUGUUAUUGGGCCGCAGUCGGUCAGCCAACAGCUGCUAGACGACAACAUACAAGAAGUUACCUCCAGGCAUUCAAAGUCUUCUAAUAUUCCGGUACCUAGCACCAUAAUGCAAGAAACACCGACACGUACAUCAACUAAGACUCCUGAUGUCUGCGAAACAAAUACGACGCAGCAAGAAAAGACUGAUUUGAAGUCCAAAAUGAUGGAAGUCAAUAAAGAUUUGGAACAAAUAAGGAUGUCAUUGGAAAAAUCUCUAGCAGAACUAAGUUCAUUGAAAGAGACUGAAGAGAAAAUGGCAAGAAAUGAGUGUGAUGUAGAAACAUCUAAAAAUAAUAAACCAGAAAAAUCGACAAAAGGAAUUAUUAAUGCACCGAUUCCUUCAAAAAAUAUCAAAUCGGCACAAUUAAAAACUGAAAAUGAUUCUUAUAUCGACAAUUCCGAUAGUACAACGCCACCUAUUUCUCCACGAAGAAAAGAUCAGAAGUGUAGAGCGAAAAAGAAACGACGAGAGCAAGAAACUGUACCGCAGACGAUGAGUGUUACUUCCGAAUCAAGAAACACUUCUACAAAUGAAAGUAGACGUAAGGAGAAGGGAAACAGUUCAGACGAGAGAGGUCAGCAACAAUCAUCUUGCGACAAAGAACGUAACAAGACGAUGUCAUCAGAUGUGCAGUUCGAGCCAAUAGAAAAUUUUGAGGAUGCGCUAACAUCCAGCGUGGAUGACGUAGAGGUUAACAAAACAUUUGAAGUAAUCGCUAAUGAAUUGAAUGAGGAUAUCCUAAAUAAUCCACAAAAAGAGUCUUUUAUCACCAAACCUGAAAUCAACAUAACUCCACCUUUAGACGAGGAAGAAAAUAAAGGGCAAUCAAAAAACAUAAAUCCCGUUUCGCAGCCAAAAAACUUAUUAGGCUGCCCCAACAUUCCUGUACCAUCGAAUAAAACUGAUUAUAAAAAGGAAAAAAACAAAACGCCAAACGAACAACAAGCUAAAGUAAAAAUAAAAGAUUUGAUUGACGCAGAACUGGACGAUGAAUCUGUAAAGAAAUCAAAACAAUCUCAAACUGAUAGCAAAAUAAAGUUCAUAAAAGAUAAAAAUGAAAUAGAAUCUUUUUCUUAUAUAAAAAACGGGAAUGAGGAAUACGUUUAUAAAUAUAUAUUUCGAAAGGUUUUUCUUUCGAGUGUUUGUCACAUUUGCAGAAAAGAUCUGAAGCAAACUCGAGUGCCUUGCAAGUUUUGUAAUAUACUCUUUUAUUGUAGUCAAAAACAUAAAGAUGAAGAUUGGCCGAGACACCAAUCUUUAUGCUUUGCUGUCUCCACUAUAGUGCAUUUAAAAGAUCAGAAACACAUUUACAGCGACACUCAAAAUGUAUCAGGUCAAAACUAUCGCCUGAUUAGGAUGCAUAUGAUUCUGUCUUGUGAGAAAGUGCUAAAGAGAAAGUUAUUGCCAUGGGAACAAGAAGCUCUCUUAUAUCCAAGGAUGUGCAUUGAUGUUACGUGCAGAGAGUGGCGUCAGACAAAGUUAAUGGAUUGCGAUGGAUGCGGACAGGUAUCAUACUGCAUUGAGAAUCCGGAUCACUUACCACCAGUUCACCAGCGCUGGUGCAAGCCAUAUGCCUUAUACCAAAAGCUGGUCCUUUACCAGCAGGAGCACGGUAGACUGGAGCCGCGGCUACCGGGAAAGGUGAUGACGCAUCACUACAAUAUACCGGAUAAGAUGAACGAAGUGCUGGCUGCGAUGUAUGAAGAAAAAAUCGAUAUGUCAGACGUGCAAUACGCGGCGCUGACGCAGCUGGCCAGCACGCCACUCACCGUCGCUUUCUGCCACCAGCUACACCGACACGCCAUUACCGGCAAUGCCGUCAAUACCGUCAACGGUCAUAAUAAGAGAUCAACGUUCACAAUACACGUGGUCGGGGCUGAGCUGCAGCUGGAAGCCGAUAGCCUGGGCAAGUGGGAGGUGUUCCUGCUGCACCUAAAGCCAGGGCUUAAGGAGCUGCGCGUCGCUCUAGUGGGUCACGACCUCAAUGCUGCUAAUCUACCACUGGAUUUAUUGGGCAAAAUUAGGCUCUGUGAGAACUGCCGCGUGAACAAGAGACGAGUUACAUUCAGUUUCCACGAUAAGAAAUCCUAUCACGAAUAUUGGGCCAGUGAUGAUUUUACAAUACCUGAUAUUGUAUGUGCUUUCAAUCCGAACAUACAUCGUUCAUCUUUGUACAACGGCGUAGAAGUCUGGUCAUCUACGAUAAAUUGCAUUUUCAAGCAAAAGAUACCCUUCUUAAUUACUUCUAGCACGAUGAGAGAACUAAAGGAUGACCUAGAAACGAUCAAGAAUAAUACAGAAGUUGACUAUAAAGUUAUAUCAGAUGUUAAACUGAACCCUUUUGCGAGUGUACGUCCUGAUAGAAAUUUUAUAACAGACGAUGAGACACCGCUUUUAUUUAAAAAUUAUUGUUUCUCCCUUUUAUGUGGUGCGUAA